ACUCUUGCAGACUGCAGCCAUACCAUCUCGAGCGUCAGAGCCAUGAAGAUCCUGAAACGAUUCGGCAGCACCUCGGGGCUCUGGACCAAGGAUGCUGCAGGGAACUCCGAGAAGAUCUACGUCUUCGACGGCACCGGCAACGACACGGUGUACGUCUUCCCCCGCAUGCGGGAGUUCACCCUCUUCUCUGCCACCCGCAAGGCCGCCCGCAUCAAGCUGCCCUACCCCUGGGUGGGCACCGGGCACCUCGUCUACGACGGGCACCUCUACUACAUCCGCCAGCAGGGCCCCUUCCAGGUGAUCAAGUUCAACCUGGCCAACAAGACGGUGGUGGACAGCUCGGUGUUCCCGGCCGAGGAGCAGAUCCCCGUCUUCGGGCUCUCUCCCUUCACCUACAUCGAGGUGGCGGCCGACGAGGAGGGCCUCUGGGCCAUCUACGCCACCAAGGAGGAUGAGAAGAACAUUUGCCUGGCCAAGCUGGACCCCAGCUCGCUGGACAUCGAGCAGAUGUGGGACACGCCGUGCCCACGGGAGAAUGCGGAGGGUGCCUUCGUGGU